AAUGUCGAGAGCUAAAGUCGCGACGGAGGAAGAAGAUCUUGCUGCUGCUUCUGCAAAAACCUUAUCCUGCCAUGGCUUCUACUUUCGUCUCUCUACCAAAACCUUUCUUUGCUUUCCCGGUCAAAACCAGUACCCUUCCUACAGCUAACCACAGGCUUCUAGGAAGUCAAAGAGGUUGUCUUAGAAUCAAAGCGAUUUCCACUAAGUGGGAUCCGACAAAGGUUGUUCCUCAGGCAGACAGGGUUCUUGUUCGUCUUGAAGACCUUCCUAUUAAAUCUUCAGGUGGAGUUUUGUUGCCUAAAGCAGCUGUGAAGUUUGAGAGGUACUUAACAGGAGAGGUUAUCUCUGUUGGUUCUGAGGUUGGACAACAAGUUGGGACUGGGAAGAAGGUUCUGUUCUCUGACGUAAGCGCGUAUGAGGUCGAUUUGGGGACUGAUGCUAGGCAUUGCUUCUGUAAGGAGAGUGACUUGUUGGCCCUAGUUGAGUGAAAUCUAUUCCAAGAGUUGUCCAAGAGAGUGGAAACAUUCAAUGAUUUGAAGAUUUUUAGAAGUUUCCUGUAAUUUUCAGACAGCUAUUGUUGUUUUCUAUCAAUUGAGAUCACUUUCAGUUAGUCUCGUCAUAAUUGAUUUGCAUUUUCAA